UAGGAACUGGGUCCUAAUCGGGUCCUCAGCUGCACAAAACCAAAACAGUUUGCAAAUGCAAAAUGAAUCGCUAAUAAACCUCGAUGUUAUUUACAUGUCUUUUGCGUAAUGGCUGUGAAUGAUGAUGAACUGGAAAGAAAGUGAAGGAAUGCUGCUUUCUUCCAUACAGACGUGCAGUGGAGGAGCUGCUCAAAGAGGCCAACAGAGGCAGAGUGCGUGCAGAGACCAUGGGUCCAGCCGGGUGGAUGAAGUGUCCUCUGGGAAGCACCAAUAAACGCUUUCUGCUGAACACCCUGCGCCCGUGUGCGGCUGAGCGCGGAUCCGGGAGCCGCUCAGCUCCGGCGAGAGGAGCUGAGGACAGCGGGGAAGAGGGAGAUCGAGGGUCACAUCACCGCCCAGAGGACAGAGAACACGGCUAUAGAAAAGACACCAAACACAGAACAGAGCGUCCUCAUUCUCAUUCCCAGUCUUCAAGGCCCCGUGAUUCAUCUACGAGUGAAUUAGCAUCCACAGGCCACGCCCCCCAUCACGCCAACCAAUCAAAUAGAACUCGUUCCCGGUCACCCAUCAGAGAACGCCUUGCAAACAAAAGAUCUACUGACAGGACUCGAAAAUGAUGUGCUACCUUUUCUACAGAAUGAAAUGUACUUUCUAAGGGCUGAUUUAUACUUCUGCUAGGAUGCAAGAGAAACAGGAGAGGGGUUUAUUGGUAAGUGAAAAAGCCAAUGAGCCGACAUGCAGAGCGCUAAAACCUUAACAUGGCUCUUCAUAUAUCGCUGAACAAAUCCACUGUGAGAAAUGCCAGAUUUGCUAAUUGUGAUAUUUUCCAACAGGCUAAUUCAGCUCUGAGAACUGGAUUACUAUAGCUGUGUUAAUUUGUCUCAGACAGUUUGUCUCCUAUGUUAACAAUGAUGAUCAAUGAGGCAAUGAUUUGCUAACGACAAUGCUACAGAUGCCAGGAGAAGGCACAACAUUAUUUUUAUUUACCUUUUGGCGGGAAUUUUUAGUUCAGUUUGUCCAAAACGUUUACACACAAUGGAACAAACCAAACUAAUGUUUCCUGCUAGAUUUACAAAAGUUUCACACUGAUAUUCUUCAUACUUACCUGUAAGUUACAUAUCCACAGAACACAAAGAUAAUUUAGUGACACCCAGAAAACCUCUAUAAAAGCUCACAGAGAUGACAAAAUGAGCAUUAAAAGAAAAGAAAGCGCAUCGUUCAUAUCAUCCAGUAAUACAGCUCGUCCACUGCAGUGCAUCAGGCUCCACAGACACCCUAAUGCCUGUUAUAGGGUGUCAUUACUUUUGUCCUGAUUGAAUGCCUUUACGUUUUACGGAAAAAAUUGUUCAUAUCCAGCUUGAUAAAUGUGGCCCAUUGUCUCUACUACAGUGAAAUGUAGAGAUGUUUCAUUCACAACUGAUUAUUCUUUUUUUAUUUUUAUUUUUUUGAAUGAGUCACUAAAGUGAGCGAGUCUUGGACUGAGUAAAUCCUUUACGAUUGCAGCUUUAUAGUACAAGCUGCACAUCAGUUAGGGGAAAAUGAUGGUGCAACUUGAAAAAAAAACAAGUCUUUUAAAUGAAUUCAAAAAACUAAAUAAAUUAAACAAAUAAAGUUCAAUAUACUUUCCAGUUCUUUUGUUGUUUUUCUGUAUUUUCCGGUUUGCUGCCGCUGCCCCCUAGUGCACACGUUCACACCCUGAGCAAAUCCACUGACAGGUGUGAAUGUCUGCACACUGACGCCUGCACGUGUUUACAGAUUUACAGAUGCAGAAGUACAAAUCAGCCCGAAGUCGUCAUCUGUCUGGGUUGCUGUUUGCUCUGUCAGAUGUAUCAGCAGAUGCAGGUUUAUUUUUAAUUCUAACCUCUCAGCUUGUAGCUUGAACUUGACUUUACAUUUUAAUGCCAUAUACUGCAUAGUUGAGCAAUAUGAUGAUUAGAUCUCAUAAUAAAUAUACUACACAGGUUUUUCUCUGAGCAGCACGGGUUUCGUUAGUACUGUUAAACACUGACUGAUUCCACUGUUACACAGCAAUGAUGCUGAAAUAGAAUUUUGUACAACUUUCUUUAUUUGUUUCUUUUCUUUUUGAUUAUAGUUGGUUUGUAGAGUUUUCAUGCAAAUCCAUCAUGGAAAGAAAAAGCAAAUAAAAAUGGGAUUUUUUUUUUU